CUGAGCCGCCGCCGCCCGCCCGCAGCCCGUGUCCCGGCCAUGCUGCCCCAGUCGCCCCCGCUGCUGCUGGCCCUGAUGGCCCUGCUGGCCCCGGGCCCCGCGCGCUCCGACGACGCCGACGACGUGCCGGUCACCUGGGUGCUGCUGCACGUGGUGCAGGGCCAGGUGGGCGCAGGCAACUACUCGUACCUGCGCCUGAGCCACGAGGGCCGCAUCGUGCUCCGCAUGCGCAGCCUGCGCGGCGACGCCGACCUGUAUGUGUCGGACCGCACCCCGCACCCCAGCUUCGACGACUACGAGCUGCAGGCCGCCACCUGCGGCCAGGACCAGGUCUUCGUGCCCGGCCACUUCCGCCGGCCCGUGGGCAUCGGCGUGUACGGGCACCCGUCCCACCGCGAGAGCGAGUUCGAGAUGCGCGUCUACUACGACGGGGCGGCGCAGCCCACCUUCGGGGAAGCCGCCUACCCCGACGGCUCGGACCCUGGACCACCGCCGGCCCCCGAGGACGCGCCCGAGGAGGACUCGCUGCUCUGGACCCUGCUCAUCAGCCUGUUGAAGCUGGUGCUGGAGAUCCUCUUCUGACGGGGCGGCCCGGGCGGGAAUAAGCCAUAAGCCCUUACCUCAGCUCCGGCCCUGCUUCCUGGGGGCCCGGGGCUCCCUGAACCUCCUGCUGCCGCAGGAAGCCCCCUGGCUGGAGAUCGAGCUGCCAGUGUCUUGCGGGGGGCAGGCCCUCCUCCUCCAGGGAGGACUUCCACAGGCCGCCCCCAGUCUUACCGGGUCAUUUGUGACUAUCACUUUGGGCUACCUGCUGCUUAAAAUCCUUUCGGUAAGGAAUAACUCACACCAUCCAUGGUAGGCCCCAGAGCACAGAGAUGAGGAAAUGUCAUGAAAGUGACUUGCAGACUAACAGAGGAAACAGCUACUUCAAAUUAGUUUCCAAAACUUGUUUCCACUGAAUCUCUGGAGAGUCAGAGUAUGAGAAGCGAAGGCCUGCUGGCGGAUGAAGCAUUUUUCUGCCUGGCACAGGUAUCAAGGGUAAGUGUAGCUCAGGACUGGAAUGAGUCAACUUGCAGGUUUUAAGCACAUAAUUUCCAAAAAUUUUAUUGACGUAAAAAUGAGAAUGUUGUAAAGAAAUUGGCACCAAAUAUUUCCCUUAAAGGCAUAUUACAAUACUGAGAUCCGAGCACUAUUUUAUCCCUCUUUGCUGUUUUUGCCCCUUCUGCCCACUUUCCUGGGUGUUGGGGGCGCUCGCUGACAACAGUCACAAAUCCAGCGACCUAGGAGAAAAAUCGUUAGUUAAUAUACAACAGAAUUUUUUCCAGGAAAUUUAAACCCAUUUAUGCUCUCCUUCCUUGGCUGUCACAACACUCCUCUAUGGGACUGUGGUGGGUUCCUGAGUUUUAGGGAGAAAGUUUCCCUUACGAAUCAUCAUUGUAAUUGAUGACCUGUGAGAUGCGAUGCAUGGGUGGGGAGGGAACAAGUGAACAGCACUAUGAAUCUUAGAAAGGGGAAAGAAAGAAAGAAAAAAAAAAAAGACAUAGUUCACUUGGCGAGUGCUGCCUUUGUGCUGUGCAGGAACUAGGCAGCUCGCUCGAGGCCCAGCCCCCACCACAUUGAAUAAAGCUUCAGUGCCCUGGUCUCUUUACUUUCUCACACUCUGCCUCUCUUUAAUCAGCAAGUAGGGCCCAGGAGACAGGGUAAUGAUUCUGCAAAAGACUUUCAUGCCCAAGGCUCAGAGGUCCCAGGUUCAAUCUCCAGCUCUACCAUAAGCCAGAGCUGAGCAGGGCUCUGGUCUCAGUCUCUCAUUAAAAAUAAAGCCAAACGGGGUUGCUACACAAGGAGUGAAGCAGGUCUGCAUAUGUCUGACUAUCGCCCCCUCUCUCAAUUUCUCUCCAUCCUAUCCAAUAAAAUGGGAAAAAUAGCCUCCAGGAACAUUGAUUUGUAGUGCAGGCACUGAGUGGCAGUAAUAACCCUAGAGGCAAAAAGUAAAAUAAUAAGCAGUCCUGGAUAAGCAGCACAGUGGAUAAAGCAUUGGACCCUCAAGCAUGAGGUCCCAAGUAACAAUGCAUUAGUUACUGUUAGCCUUCUAAAACGUUACAUCAUUCCACUGAGCAAGUCCAAAAGGAAUUUCAAAAAGAAUUUUCUUGGGAUGAUUAAAAUAAGUAAGUUACAUAAUCCUUUCGGAAAUUCAGACACUCAUGCUGUCUAAAGAUCCUAAUGUGAGGCCUGUUCCCAAGUGGGACCGUUUCCUGCCCUUUCCUCUGCUGCCCGCUCGCUGGCAGCUGUGCGGUGCUGGCAUCCUCCAGUCUACCAUGCUGGCACGGCACAGUGCUUUAAAGCUGCCUGUGUGUUUGGCAGCACAAGUGAACUACUAGAUACUUGACCUGCAUCACCACAGGAUUUUGAAUACUCAUUGAAGUUGCUUCUAAUAAUUCCCAGGAAACCUAGUUCUAGGUAUAUAUUUAUAGUAUAUAUCAUGGGGUUGUAACUAUGCAAAUAAGUUCUAAAAAUUACAUAACUAAUAUUUUAGUUCAAUUAUGGCUUAUUCUUCAGUUAUAUAUUUAAAGUUAUCUGGAACUGUCAUAAUACCUAGAUUUGCAGAUACCUUGUUUAAUAUAUGUAAAGGGAUAGCAGUCAUUUUGUUAAGUUUCUAAAUAGAUGAUAUAUAAAAAUAAAGCUUUGAAACAA